ACCCUGCUCCCCCAGGAUCCUUUCUUCUGGACCGACUGAACUUAUUGGAUCUCGGCCGUAUAUUUGGAGUAAAGAUCCUACUCCGGGAUGAAUAAAUCGGGUUCGCGGUCGACUUCUUCGCUGCCCCCCGAUACUGUGGAGAUUGUCCGAAGCAAGGCUUGUUGCCGCAGGGUGAGGCUAAAUGUAGGUGGUCUUCCACAUGAGGUCUUAUGGAGAACCCUGGACAGGUUACCGCGCACCCGACUGGGUAAACUAAGAGAUUGCAAUUCUCACAGCUUACUGAUGGAAAUAUGCGACGAUUACAGUUUGGAGGAUAAUGAGUAUUUUUUUGACAGACACCCAGGAGCAUUUACUUCCAUCCUUAAUUUUUAUCGCACCGGCAAGUUGCACAUGAUGGAGGAGAUGUGCGCUUUAUCUUUCAGCCAGGAACUGGACUACUGGGGCAUCGAUGAGAUAUACCUGGAGUCUUGUUGUCAGGCUCGGUACCAUCAGAAAAAAGAACAAAUGAACGAGGAGCUUAAACGCGAAGCAGACAAUUUGAAGGAAAGAGAAGGCGAAGAGUUUGAUAACACAUUUUGUGCGGAGAAAAGAAAGAAACUUUGGGAUCUUCUGGAGAAACCUAGUUCGUCUGUGGCGGCCAAGAUCCUGGCCAUAAUAUCCAUCUUGUUCAUUGUGCUGUCCACCAUUGCCCUGUCCCUCAACACACUCCCGGAGCUACAGGACACCGAUGAAUUUGGCCAAACGACGGAUAACCCCCAGUUAGCUCACGUGGAGGCAGUCUGCAUCGCCUGGUUCACUAUGGAGUACCUGCUGCGCUUCUUGUCUUCGCCUAACAAGUGGAAGUUUUUUAAAGGGCCCCUGAAUGUCAUCGACUUACUGGCCAUCCUGCCCUACUACGUCACCAUCUUUCUUACUGAGUCUAACAAGAGUGUGCUGCAGUUCCAGAAUGUACGCCGAGUGGUGCAGAUCUUCCGCAUCAUGCGCAUCCUGCGCAUCCUCAAAUUGGCACGGCACUCCACUGGCCUCCAGUCGCUGGGCUUCACGUUACGUCGCAGCUACAAUGAGCUGGGCUUGCUUAUCCUCUUCUUAGCCAUGGGUAUUAUGAUAUUCUCUAGCUUGGUCUUCUUUGCAGAGAAGGAUGAGGAUGACACAAAGUUCAAAAGCAUCCCUGCCUCCUUUUGGUGGGCUACAAUCACCAUGACCACAGUGGGCUAUGGAGACAUCUACCCAAAGACUCUCUUGGGGAAAAUUGUGGGAGGGCUAUGUUGCAUUGCUGGAGUACUGGUGAUUGCUCUGCCCAUCCCUAUUAUUGUCAACAACUUCUCUGAAUUUUAUAAAGAGCAGAAGAGGCAAGAGAAAGCUAUCAAACGAAGGGAAGCCCUGGAAAGAGCUAAGAGAAACGGCAGCAUUGUGUCAAUGAACAUGAAGGAUGCCUUUGCUCGUAGUGUUGAGCUUAUGGAUGUAGUCAUAGAAAACAAUGGAGAGAAUAUGACUAGGAAGGAGAAGCUUCAGGACAACCACCUCUCACCCAACCAAUGGAAGUGGACACCAAAGCAUGCAGCUUUAGAAACAGAUUCUAAUAGAUCCUUCAAUGUGAGUGAGCACGGUUCUCCAGCCAAUGUCAGGUCCUCUAGCCCACAGCACCUGAAUGUGCAGAAGCUGGAGGAAAUGUACCACAAGAUGGCCAAGACCCAGUCUCAGCCUAACCUCAACACCAAAGAUAAAGGGUCAAUAGCAAAGGGCAGCAGGCAGAGGGAGGAAAUUGAGAUGGAUAGCAUCCCUGGCAAUGCCACGCGAGACGGAAUCAUAGACAUGAAAAGUCAGUCGAGCAUUGACAGUUACAUCAGCUGUGCCACUGACUUCCCAGAAGCUUCCCGCUUCUCACACAGUCCUAUUGUCAGCCUGCCAGCACAGUUUUGGGCCAAACCCGGAAUGCAGACCUCCCUCGAACAUGAGCCUGUGCUUUCAACUCACAGUGUUAGCAGGCCUCCUGGGUGCAGCUCCAUCCUAGAGAUUGCCUCAAGUCCAGAAAGUUCCAGGCAUGGAUUCUUCUUGGACAGCCCCCAUGGUUACCGCUUAAAUAACCCUCUCAAGGCACAUUCCUUCAAGGUCACCCUCCGACGAGGAGAGGCAGGCACCUCUUCCUCUUCCAUGCAAAUGGGAGGUGCUCCUCUAUCGGACAGUUCAAUCCUGUCGGAUCGCUCCCUUGUAAGCCCAGAGAUAUCCAUCUAUAACACAGCCAGUAGCAAGACUCCACCUAAAUCUCCGGAAAGUUUGAGCAUGACACCUGCAAUCUUCACAUUUCAUGACACAUCCAUCAGUAAAUAUAUAGAUGCUGACACUGAUGAUGACGACCACAUGCAGGAUGGCUCUGACUCCAGUCCCUCGACGCGGCUGCUGGACAAAAAAAGUCCAAAGUUCAGCAUCAAUAGCAGCUUCCAGCAAGGGACCAACCACUUGGAAACUUCACAGAGGAUUAUGGGCCAGAACUGUAUGUUUCCCAUAGAAAGUCGGUCUGUGGUUGGGCAGGAGAACCAUGUGACCCAGGAUGUGCGCACAGCUCAAGGGCUGCGGAAUCGCGUUAACAAAUUUGAUGAAAGCAUUUGAGUACAAGGAAGUGAAUUGAAGAUGGAGCUGAAACACAUGGGAAAGCUGACCAGUAAUGUGGCUAAAAAUAAAAAGUACAAAAUUUUAAAAGCUGCCAGGGGCUUUACUGUGUGACUUGACAAACUUUAAUCCAUGCCAGUAACAUUAAUGGGAAUAGCUCAUUAAAAAUUAUGCUGGCUCUUGGCAAAGGUGGGAGUUGCUGAAGCCUGUGCCCAACACGAUAAGCUUAUAGAGGCUAAUGGAAAGAAACCCUCCCUCAGUGUUGUGCCAUCCCCCCCCUCACACCUCCCCCCAUCAAUAACAGCUUCUCCAGGGAACAGGGUUAUACAGCAUGUGCUGUCCAGGGUAAUAGUAGGAUCCUAUCCAGGAGGUUGUGGGUCACUUAGCUGAAACCAGUGAAUGAUGAGGUACAAAAGGAGCAGAGAACACAUCUACAAGCCGGUGGAAAUAGGGGACCCAUUUAGUCUGAUCCAGCUCAUCCAGCUUAUCUAGUCCCAUCACAUACGGUAAACUGGUCUCAUCUCAUAUUGUAGAUUAGGGAGCUUUGAAAAACAUAUGAGCAAUUUGCUGUUUACUUCCCAGUGUUUGUCCAACCCAAAACCAGCCUUAGGUAUAUGCAAACCUGCCUUGUCUACUUUAUGUGUCUGUAUGUAUACUUGAGAUGAACACAUGAAUGAGUAUACACAUAUACACAAUGUGAAAGGUACAUACAAAUUGUGUCAGUUCUGAAAUUCUUUUGCCUACAUAUUUCAUUUGUAAGGAUGUAUCAGUCAACAUUCUUCAGCACACUGGACAGUGGAGACUUUGGGGCAUUACUGGAGAAAUACAGUCUCUGAAAUGCUGUCUGUCACAAACGAGUUUUUUCUGAGCAUUGACAAAUCUGAGAAUGUGAAGAAUUCAUCAGCUCUACACUUCUGAAAAGGAUCUACAAGUUUACAAAUCUGCAGUUUUGUUUUUUUUGUGGGAAAUCAAGAGAAAUAAUCACUGUUACAAAUCAAAAUCAGGAAGAAUAGUAUGUCAAAUUUUUAUACUCAGUUUCUAACAAACAUACUGGAGCCACUCCAUUCUGUUCAUAACUAUGCUUCAUGUCAAAGCACCCAGUCAAAUUCAACAAACAUGUAGCACACAUCUGUAAGGGAACUACAAGCUCAUCUGCUUAGAGUAUUUGAAACUGGAUUGGGAUAUUGUCUAUAAUUAUAAGAAACAUAUAAAUCAUCCAGUAUUUUAUUAGUUAUUUGAUUUUUUUGUGGAUGAAGAAGAAUUUAGAAAAGGGAAAAUAGAAAAAAAACUCAAAAAGAUUUGAAAAAAGGGUUUCAACAACUACAGUUUUAUUUCAUGCAUAUGUGCAUCUAAAAAUCACAAUUACUAGUGAGUGUUUACAAUAGAAUGAGGUAUUUUUCUGCUGUGGUGUCACAGUGUGUAUAAAUGGCUGUAGAUCUCACUCCCUCUGUCCUUUUUAUAAUGUGAAGAGCCAAAGAAUUUUUUUUUUCAUUUCUGUUUGUAUGGAACUGCUAGCAGAGUAGGUGGACGCUCCCAUGUACUACGGCACAAAUGAUUCUCAGUGCUCAUUUACUUUAGCUACCUACAGUAUAUGCUUAGUCCAAAGCUGGGUAAGAGUUUGAGAUCAAGGAGGGCCAGAAGAUUCCCUGGGAAGUAACAUAAACACCGGUGCACUGGAAGACGAGAGAUCGAUGGCCAGGUUAACAGAAAAGCCAAGUCAUUCAUUAGUUCUGUGGACACCUUGACCAAUGAAAUGCAGUCCAGUUGAGGUGGGAGCACAUGAGGAGCCAUCCAGCAAUCUCACCGGCUGCAUUCAAAUUCAGGGCCUGCAUCCUUCGAAGGACGUGGUCCACAAAAGCAUAGCCUUUGGAGACAGCGUUCUUUGAAGGUCGAACGGGGAGUUUUGUCAAAUGGGACGGUCUGGCCCUCACCAGCUGUUCCUGCCCUUACCCUUCAGUUACAAAGCCCCGCUCCUAUCGUCUAGCUGGGACACAUCCACUUUGCCUCUCGUCACUGACUCUUGGGACAUGUUGGGCUGUGAAGGAUUCAUUGGAUGGAUCCUUCGCAACUUGGCAAAAGAAGGACGCAUUUCUAGACCUUCAAGCCUUUGAAAUGGGACGGCCUUGUUGCCCUGUUCUGACACAUUCGAUCUUUGAAUGCAGCCUUAGAAGGACGCAGCCCUUGAAUUCAGACCCAACCACCAUCUCCUCUGUAGGGGACGUUAUGAAAGAUGUAUUGUCAUCCCCAGCUUUGAGGGCCAAACAUGGAACGUUAUGGUGCCUCCCAAUGCAGCAUCGACCAAACAGGUUUCACAUCAUCUAGCCCUGACUCCCCAGUGAAAGCCCGCAGGAAAGAAGUGCUACCAGCUCUGCCAGAGUUUAUCUGCAUUCAUCAUAACGCAUCCAGUAAGCCCAUUGUGUCAAAGCACUUUACCGUAUAUGCAAUUUUGAGUUUAAAGUGUCAAACUUAUGCUAUCCAUAAAAGGUAUAUAUUUUUUUCGUUUGUAUUUUAAAAUGUACUUAUAUUGCUAAUGGCUUCAUGUAUUUUUACAUGUUACAAA